CUGUUUCUCUCUUUCCGUUUGCUGUCUACGAGCAAGAUGCCCGGUAUCACAGUGAAAGAUGUCAACCAGCAGGACUUUGUCCGUGCCCUGGCAGCCUUCCUCAAGAAGUCUGGGAAACUGAAGGUGCCCGAGUGGGUGGACACAGUGAAGCUGGCUAAACACAAGGAGCUUGCCCCAUGUGAUGACAACUGGUUCUACACUAGAGCUGCCUCCACAGUGCGUCACCUGUACCUGCGCAGUGGCGUUGGAGUCGGCUCCAUGACCAAGAUCUACGGAGGUCGCCAAAGAAAUGGUGUCUGCCCUGCACACUUUAGCCGUGGCUCCAAGAAUGUAGCUCGCAAGGUGCUGCAGGCCUUGGAGGGGCUCAAAAUGGUGGAAAAAGACCCAAAUGGUGGUCGUAGGCUCACUCCCCAGGGCCAGAGAGACCUGGAUAGAAUUGCUGGUCAGGUUGCUGCUGCAAGCAAGAAAUCUUAAAUUGUGUAAUAAACUUUGGGAAAACUC